AUGCUGCUUGAGUCAAACGCCCCAAAGUUCCUUUGGAGCAAGGCCAUAGCAUACGCGUGCUACCUAAAGAAUUGCGUGCCUACGCAAGUGCACAGAACAUUCUGGAAAACGCCCUACAAAGCCUUCUGGGGCAUUAAACCCAAUGUUAAUACGCUCCGUCCUUGGGGAAGUAAGUGCUACGUACUAAAUCAAGGUGGAGACUUGUCUAAGCUUGACCCUAAGACAACGACUGCAAUAUUUGUGGGCAUAUCAGACGUCCAAGGAAAGAGCUGGUGGUACUACAAGUCAGGAUCAAACCGCAUAUUGCACUCGCAAAAUGUCACCUUUCCAAGUCAUGCACAAAUUGAAGAAGUUGAUAACGGCAAACCCAAACCAGGAGAAUUGGUUGCUCCGCCCGCUGAGGGGGAGAUGACGCAAGCUAACAGCGCUGCGCAACAACCAAUAGAAAAUACUAGAACAGGGGGAGCGCAUGUAGAUAGUGAAGAAAUAAAAAUUAAAAAAUUAGAACAUAUGGGUAUAAAAACCAAACCGCUGAGCAACAAAUCAACAUCCAACAAACCAACUCAACUUGUUCAGCAAUCACUCAAUCAACCUGUUGUUCCCAAACCUACCACUGUUUGCAACAAUCCUGUUAUGCGCACUGGUAACGUCUCAACCGGAGCCCAAACCCACAGUAGGAAUCCUAACCCUACUCACAUCUCACUCCAACAAGAACGUGGCGGAGUCAGGAUUAAACUCCCCGACAAUGUUGCAACAGACCUCCCCAAUGCCGCAAGCAUGCACUCCAACAGCUCCAAUGUUGAUCUUGAUGCAUAUACCUUCUCCACCAACACCUCCUCCAUACUCUCCGCCCCUACCAUCCCGUCCAAGCUUGCCUACCUGCUGGCAACCCUGCCAGCAACCAAACUGGACACGUCCUUAUCCAACUUGCUCAACAAUCAAUUCAGCUACCUCAACCUAUCCAAAUUGACUUCAACCAAAUUGGAUAACACCCUGGCAACGCCCGGGGAUGUGGAACACAAAUGGGCCUAUGCCGCCAAGCUAUCCGCGCCCAACAACCACCCAACCGUUGCGGAAGCGCUUGCUGGACCGGACGCAGAGGAAUGGCAAAAAGCCAUGGCAAAGGAGGUUAGUACAUUCAAGAAAAUGGAUACAUACAAUCUCACCAAUCUACCACCCGGCCACAAGGCAAUUGGAAACGCAUGGGUAUUCACACUCAAGCGUAACGCCAAUGGCACACCAGCCCGCUACAAGGGACAACUAGUAGCCCAAGGCUUUAGCCAACAACCUGGUAUUGACUUUGAUGAGACGUUUGCACCUGUAGUACGUCUUGACUCAAUAUGA